CAGCUCAAAAAUGGCCUCCGCCUCCAGCAGCAGCGCAAAGAACCUGUUCAGCGACUCCAAGCGCCGUCUGGCGGAACGAGUUGCCGUGAAUGUGAACAACGCCUCCUCGGUGGCUCGCCAAAUCGUGCGGGGCUCCAAGUCGAACGAAAUCCUGAUGCAGGCAGCGAAAAACUUCGCCUAUCACGAGAGCACGGUGGACAAUAGCAUUCAAAAUUUGCGCAAAAUGGACAUCAUUUUCCAGCAUCUGAACUAUCAGUACGAGGCCAUCCAGCAGGCGGCGGAAAAGCUGGAAUAUGUGGAGGAGCAGGUUGGGGCGAUGGAAAGAUGAUAA